AUUUAGUGAUUUUUUUCAGAUUUUAACUAAGUUUGUUACCAGUGGUUUAAAGUACCCCAUCACCCAGAGAGUCUUUAGUGCAAAGGCGCAUCAAAGGAUUAAGGUGCGCAUAGGCGCACAAGAGAGCAGAGAAGUCUGAAAAUGUGGAUUCUUGUUUUUAUUUGCGUUUUUUCCAUGUCUCUUGGGGAGAAUCCAGAAGAAUUGCCUCCACCACCUUUUAUAAUCCUUCCGCAAACCACAAAAUCAAGUAAUGUUAAAGUGUCAAUGGUACCUGAAGAAAAUGUUCAUAUUAUAAUGCCUGCACAGACAUUUGAAGAAGCAUCACAACCUUCAUCAUCAUCAUCACCAUCAUCACCAUCAUCACCAUCAUCAUCAUCAUCACCAUUAUCACCAUCAUCAACAACUAGUUCAUUUCGUCCAACUUCAUUUCCACAAAGAACAUCAGUAAUGGAUGCAGCCACCACAGCAACUACAGAGGAAGCUAUUGAAUCCUUUACGUCAUCCACAAAACCUGGAGCUUUGAAAUUUCCUGCUCGCACAACAGAAAAAACUUCCUUUCUCCUACCAACAAGAACACCAAUUGGUUCAGAAUCAUCAACUAACUCGGGAACAAAACGGGUAGAUGGGUUUAUUUUUCAAAGAGUAAAUACCAAUCUGUUUAAAAACUUAAAUGGUUCUAAACCUCUGGAGGAUGGGAAAGUAUUAAAUGAGAGCAGUGAAGAAAAUACUGAAGAUGAAGGAGAAGAUAUCAGUGAGGAGAAAGAAGACAAAAAAGAGAAAAAUAAAAAUAUAACAGAAGAAAAAGAAAUGCUUGAAAGCGAAAAGAACAAAAAUGAUGAUUUUGACAAGGAAGACAAUGGAGGCAUAAACGUUGACAAUAAAGACGUAAAUGUUGACAAUGAAAAAUUAAAUGUCGAGGAUGCAGACUUAAAUGUUGAGAAUGAAGAUGAAUCAGUGGUAGAUGAAGCUCCAAAAGAUGAAAGCCAUGUUGAAAUAACUUCAGCACAGAAAAAGAAUAAGAAUAAGAAUAAAACUUCAGACCAACCAAGGAUUCAAGACAACUCACACUGGAAAGAGAAAUCAAGAUUCAAUAUCAGUUCUUCAACUAUGGUUGUCAAGUUUAUUUCUGAAAUGACUGGACUCACCGUUGUUCUUGUAGAGUCGGAGUCUCCUAUUGUCAAUGGAUAUUUCUGUCUGGCGACUGAAGCGCACGAUCAUGAUGGAUUACCGCACACUCUUGAACAUCUCGUCUUCCUUGGAAGUGAGGAAUAUCCCUAUAAAGAGGUUUUGGAUCUUUUAGCCAACAGAUGUUUGGCUGACAGAACAAAUGCUUGGACCGAUACAGAUCAUACAUGUUACACUGUAUAUACUGCUGGGUCUUCAGGAUUUUUACAUAUUUUGCCAGUUUAUAUGGACCAUAUUCUUUAUCCACUUCUCAGGGAUGAGGACUAUUUGACUGAGGUUCAUCAUAUAAACGGAGAAGGUUUAGAUGCUGGAGUAGUGUAUAGUGAGAUGCAGGGAGUUGAACAUUCUAGUUCGAAUAUAAUGUACUUCGCUUUAGCAGAGGCCCUCUACCCUGGGUCUGGGUACGAGUCUGAGACUGGUGGAUACUUACAGAAUCUUAGAAACUCAACCAAUAUAACCAAGGUUCGAGCAUAUCACAAGCAGUACUAUCGUCCUGAGAAUCUAGUUCUGACAAUAACUGGAAGAAUUGACCCGGAUCAGCUAUUUAGUACACUAAGAAGUACAGAGGAGAAGGUUCUUAGGAAGAAAGAAGAAAUUGGAAAUGUGGAAUACAUCAGACCAUGGCAGAAACCCUUGGCUCCGUUAAUUGAAGAUCUGGGAAACGGGCUUUCUGUUGAAAUUCCAUCAGAGGAUGAAACUAUUGGCAACAUCGCUGUUGCUUGGCGACUGCCUGAAAAAAUUUCUGAGAAUGUUCGCCGGCUUCAAGCAUACAAACUUAUCAUGAAAUAUCUUACAAACACUCAGGUGAGUCCACUAGAGGCAGAUUUAGUUGAAUCCCAAGACUCCUUAGCUACAAGUGUGAGUGCAAGUAUGUUGGAAGUAAAAGAACCAGCAAUUCUCGUGGAAUUCGAGAACGUUCCAAUUGAAAGAUUAGAUGAAGUUAUACCGAGGAUGGAGGCUGUAUUCAACAAAAUAGUUGAAGAUGGACCAGAGGCCUUUGAUCUUGAGAGAAUUCAAGAUUAUAUUGACAGGGAAAUCUUGAACCAUCUGAAGGAGACUGAGAACAGUCCUCAUCUUUUUGUGCCAGAUGCCAGUGUCCUGGAUAUGUUGUAUGGAGAGAAACCUGAACACUUGAAGGAGUUUGUAUUAUCUUCAAACCUAAAUAAAUAUUACAGGAGUAAGGAUGCAGCAUUUUGGGUGGAUCUGGUCAAAGAGAUAUUUAUUGAUACUCCUAAACUUUAUAUAAAGGGAAUACCUAGCAAGAAGAAACAGGAGGCCCUAGUUAGUGAAGAGGAAGUUAGACUGGAAAGGCAGAAGGCAAGGUUGGGAGAAGACGGAUUACGAAGAAAGAAGGAAAUUAUCGAUGCAGCAAUUGCUUCUCAAACCCUACCAAGCACUGAGGUUUUGAGCAGCAUCCCUCUUGGAGAUGUCAACUCCAUCAAGUUCCGUCCUAUCUCCAGCUUUAACAGAACAAUACCCAAUGAUCUCGUUGAUUUUAAGGAUAUACCAUACAAGAUACAUUUAGACAAUGCUAAUUCUGCUUUUGUGAAAAUUUUUAUUUUUAUGGAAACAUCAUCCUUGUCUAAAAGGGAGAAGCUGUUGCUACCUUUGUUGCUGGAUACGUGGCUACUAUCUCCUAUAAUAAAGAAUGGUGAUGUCGAACCAAUAGAAUCUGUUGUUAAAAGAAGAACAAAAGCUUUGCUCAGCCUUCAGAACAGUCUGGGAUUUGAUGGAUCUACGUUUUCUCCUGGAGCCUAUGGUGAUGCAAUAAUUAUAGAGGGACAGUCAGAAAUUGGGUCUUUCAACGAUACCAUGGAGUACUUCAGUGAUGCUCUUAAUUAUCCAUAUAUUACUGAACAAAAGUUAAGCUCGACAGUUUCCAAUAUUUUAAACAAUAUUCCAUCAGUCAAACAAUCCUCUACUGAUAUAAUAAGAACGCUUUUUGAUAAUCUGUAUUUUAACAAAAACAACACAAUCUACCUCAGCAAUUUUAUUCAACAAAAGUUAUUUUUGGAAAAUAUAACAGAGGAACUGAAAGAGAAUCCAGAUAAGGUGAUAAGUGAUCUCUACGCUAUCGUUGGUAAGCUUGCGACCCCAGCUACGUCCUUUCUUUACAUUGGAGCUGAUAUUGAUGAGCUGGUCAAUCUCUACGGUCAGAAGCUACCUGUGCUUAACAAACUAUUCAACACUACUACAGAGAAGGUUGAAAACUUGGAUGAAAGAUUUGAGUUGAAAUCUGAACAUGAAUAUAGAAAACUGAAAGAUAAAAAUCCCAGACAUGUUGUAUUGGGAGUUGCUGGAACAGAAUCCUGUUAUAUGAAACAAUCUAUAGAUUAUAACAACACGGACUGGAAUCAUCCUGAGGUGCCUGCAAUAAGAGUAAUGUUACAAUAUUUGUCAGACCGAAUGUAUGAUCUAGUGCGGGGGUCAGGGCUGACCUACGGCGUAUCCAUGAGCUUAUCAGUUACCGAGGGGAGAAUUACUUUGAGCUUUAGUCGAACAUCAAGGAUGGUUGAUGCUUACAGUGCUGUUCGAGAUAUCCUGAAGGACUACGGGUCUAAACCAGAGAUUUGGGAUCCAACCCUUCUAGAUUCAGCCAGAGGAUCAAUGAUAUAUUCCUGGAGUGAGAAGGAGGAAACUGUUGAAAAUAUGAUUAGUGAGAGUGUAAAAGCGUAUAUCCGAAGAACAGACGCAAUGUAUAAUCGGAACUUUGUGCUUGAGCUUGCUGAGAAGACAGGGGACAUGGUUAUCCGGCAGCUGGCAGCUGAUAUCCUUCCAAUAUUCUUGGACAGUAGUAGAACACAAUCUGUUGUUGUGUGUAAUCCAGCUGUUCUUCCUACACUGGUAGAACAGUUUCAACAGUUUGAUAUUGAUCUUCAGGUUAUUGAUGACUUGGAGAAUAGUUUUAUCAGUGCUUAAUCAAACCCUGAUAUUGAUCUUCAGGUUAUUGAUGACUUAGAGAAUAGUUUUAUCAGUGCUUAAUCAAACCCUGAUAUUGAUCUUCAGGUUAUUGAUGACUUGGAGAAUAGUUUUAUCAGUGCUUAAUUAAACCCUGGUAUUGAUCUUCAGGUUAUUGAUGACU